AUGACUACCACCAAGACAAAUCUCGACGCCCUCUUUCCCGCCCCUUAUCCCCCGCCUUCCCCGUUGUCCCCCGGGCGUUGGCCAGGAAUCACUCAGGACUCGACUCUCGCAUUGGGAAGACUCCUGAAGGAAAACCAUGAGAAAUGGCACAUUUUCUUCAACGAUAUGCAUUUCCACAACCAUACAUCCCACCACCUGCUCGCGAUAUACUACUUAGGGGCUAGUCCUGAUCUCUUGGAUGCCGCAUAUCAAACCCAUGUUUCACGCAUGCGUCCUGCCAGGAAGAGUCCAGACCCGAUCACCUCGAAGAAUUUCCAUCAGCACCUCGGCGACGAGAACUUCUACUCCGGCUAUCUUGAAUUCUUCUCCGCCGUUUUACUGGAAAAAGGGGCUGCAGCGACUAUCGAAGAGUACAUCUUCUCUCCGUAUGCCAACAUCCUCGCGCCUGAGUUAGGGAAGCCUCCCAUGAAGAUGUUGAACCGCUUUCUCUCCGGCAUUUUUCAUCCCCUCAUCCACACUGGGUACGGUGUAGAGUUCGGCUUACCCGGCAUGGUCGCAGAGGGUCUUGCCCAGACGGCGGUCCAUGGUCCGGGCGGACUCACUCUUGUUCGACCUUCGUUGUUCCAGUAUGCAUCUUCCAUCUCUUCUGACGUCAUCAAUGCUGCCGUCAACCGUCUGACCAAACUCAUGCCGUCGCUGGUACUGGAGUCGGCACAGCACGCGCUCAGAUUCCAACACAAGCCAGCACAAGAUGGCGUGCAUGCGCUCACCAUUCUUUCGCGCAUCCUGCACGAUCCUGCGUUCUCUCUGGCUGCGAUUGGCCUGCCAGUGCCAGACGACUCGGAGGAGAAUGCGUUUGAACAUGUCGUCCGGGUGCGCGGAGAGGCGAUUGUUGCUCAUGCCGAGGCGUGGAGCGUCGACGGAACGAGCCCCGAGGAAGUCGCACGCAAGACCGAAGAGAUCAUCUGGAUGAACGUUAUGCUAUACGGCGUGUGUGGCUGGAGCGCACGCGAGAAGUCUACCAACGGGAAGUUCAAGCCUGACUUUUUCUUCAUGCACAUGGUCACCUCCGUACUCUUCCUGCACUCACUCACCGCCUACCUCACCCCGACCUCGAGCACCAUCCUGCUCCGCACUUAUCUCAUCAAUGCACUCACCUGGUGGGUCGCGCGCGGGCGGCCCGCCCCGCCCCUGCGCGCCUUCUUCUCCUCCCCCGACGCGCCCACGGCCCACCCCACCGAGGCCGGCGCGCAUCCGGCUCCCGCACGCGACGCGCUCGUGCGCACGGACCCGUCCCCGAACCCGUGGCUGCCCCUCCUGCAGACGACGCUCGUGCACCCGGACGAGCACCUCUGCAAGCUGCAGCGCGCGCUCGCGCACUUCGCCGCGCUCUAUGGCGCGACGCCCAAGGGGCACUUUGCCGCGCUUGCCGAGGGCGACGCGCCGCUGGAGGGCGCGGGGGAGAUGGACGGGACGCUGUUUGUGCGCGCUGCGGGCCUCACGGCGGACGCGCUUGGCUGGAUGAGGGAGGGCGACGAGAGGAGGAGUUGGGAUUUCGGUGGGUUCUAUGCGUGA